AUGGCCGCUCAAGACCUCCAUGCGGAAGCCAUUACUUGGCUUACGGAUUUCCAUAAACAUAUGGAUUCCCUCAAUGCUGAAGUCGCCGUUCCCAAAUUCUUCGCAGAGGACUGCGUCCUGUCCUUCGCCGAAAACCCGCCCAUCACUGGUGUCGCUAACAUCAAGGACUUUCUCAGCGCCCAAUACCAGUAUCUGGAGAGCAUGCACCACACAAUCAAGCGUGUAGACGUCGUGUCGGACCGAAUAUACCAGGAAGCCGAUAUCCGUUAUGUGGUCAAGGGUGAUCCGGAACGGAAGGAGAUUUUGAUCAAGGGCAUUGCACUGGUUGGGAAAAGGCCCAAGCAGGAGAAAAUGAACACCUUCACCGUCUAUUUGGACCCAACGGCAUUGAAAGAGAGAAUCGCGGCAGUUGUUGGCGGGGAGAUUUAG